AUGAACCUGACCGAACCGGACUUCGGAGGCACUAGUCCAGACGGAACACGCCAACGAUUAAAGGCCAGCGAUUUCGAUGACGUCACCAAGGAUUUGCUCACCACUGCCACGUCUAUCUACCGCUGUCUAGUCAUGACUUGUGCACCUUUUCCAGAGACACUAAUCAUUGAGACCAAGCUAGCAAAGGAUGCCUGGCAUGAGGCGUCUAACAUGGCAGAGCUUACCAUCCAACUGACCCCUUCUCUCGUCAAAAUGACCAAGGUCUAG